AUCUACGAUUUUGGAAUUUUGUGCUUGUCAUUUGUGGAUUCGAUAUUUGUCCUUAUAGUUUGUACAUCGUCUUCAUAUAUUGUGUUUUGUACUUCUUUUUUGCUAUAACUCGUUCAUUUUUAAUCACAUAGAUAAGAAAAAUUAGCAGAAAUGCCGGCUGGAGGUGCUUUAUUUGGUAGUUCAACUACAGGACCUGGCUCAACUGGGGGUAAUAAGCAUUUGGUUGAAAUGCGUGCAGGAAAAAUGAAUCUAAAAGGUCGUAUGGUCUACCCUGACAAACGAAAGGGUCUUUUAUAUGUUUAUCAAAGUGAAGAUUCACUCAUGCAUUUCUGUUGGCAAGAUCGUACUACAGGUAUUGUAGAAGAUGAUUUGAUAAUUUUUCCUGAUGAUUGUGAAUACAUCAAGGUUCCUCAGUGUACUACCGGAAGAGCUUAUCUUCUCAAAUUUAAAUCUUCAAAUAAAAAAUUUUUCUUUUGGCUACAGGAACCUCGAACUGACAAAGAUGAUGAUAACUGCAAGAGAAUUAAUGAACUGCUAAACAAUCCUUCUAGUGCAGUUCAGUCUUCUGGAAAUCCAGAUCAGGAUUUGCAGUCGUUGUUGAAUAACAUGUCACAAUCUCAACUCAUGCAACUGUUUGGUGGUGCUGGUCAGAUGGGAGGUCUAUCCAGUCUCCUUGGUACGAUUAGAAGUCCCAAUAGUGGCAGUGCUCGAACAAAUCCUACGCCUGCUUUAACACACCGUACAGUUCCCAGCACACCUACGACUAAUACGUCAACUAAUCAAACUACCCCUUCUGCGGGACAAACAACCCCCCAAAAUACUUCGAUCCCAACCGUUACUCCUGAUGCUCCCAGUAGACCCCGAACAACGACUCGACCAGCAGAAACCACUCCUACUACUGGAAGUACCAAUCCAAUCCAGCUCUCGGACUUACAGAAUUUCUUACAAGGCAUUGGUCCCGUUCCUCCAGAAGAAGGCCAGCGCCAGUCAGUUGAUUUAUCUACUGCUUUAACAAGUGAUGCUCUAUCAGGUGUUUUGAGUAACCCAGAAACUCUUCAACAACUCCAGAACCACUUGCCAGCUGUAGAUGGCAGCACACAAGAAGCGCUGAGAUCAACAUUGGCAUCACCUCAAUUUCAACAGGCUGUUUCCCAAUUUUCAAGCGCUUUGGAAUCAGGCCAGUUGGGACCGGUCGUCUCACAAUUAGCCGUUAACUCAGAAGCAGUUGCAGCUGCGUCUCAAGGAAAUAUGCAAGGCUUUGUUAAAGCUCUGGAAAAGGGCAACUCUGCCGAAGGAAGCAGCUCAUCGGAGAAAAGUGACAAAGAUAAAAAGAAGGAUAAGAAAGACGACAAAGACGAUGAUGAACAAAUGCAACUCGAUUAGGUGUAUUCUAAUUAUGCUGUCUUGCUUUUAUAUACUAUUAUGUACUAAUAAACUGCAAAUCUUUGUUUUAUAAUCAUUAAUAUCCUUAUAUACUGGAAGAUUGGAAUUGUAUCAAUAUAGUAGCGUGAUUAUUUCAUUACUACUUUUAUGUAGUUAUCAAACUUAAAUUAGUUAAUAUAUUAUUCAUACAUUUAGCAAUAAAUAGUAUUUUUCUGUAACAUAUUUAAAAUGUAGUCGUUAUAUUUAGUGGAAAAUCCAUGUACCUAAAUCAUUUGUUCUAAAACAUUUUCAUUAAAAUAAAAAUUGUGUCGGA